UCAACGCGGAUCCGGCCAAUAGAUGGUGGCAGGAAGGCGGGUGUUUCCGUCAACGUCUGGGGAGCACCGGAAGCGGCGGGAGGAGUCGCCGCGCUAGCGAGUGGAGCUGUCUGCUGCGCCGCGGGAGCGAGAGGGGGAGGCGGGCAAUUGAAUGGGUCUUCAGAAGCAGAGUUGCUAAAGCUGACAGAAAAGAAUGGCAUAUCGAAGAGAUGAAAUGUGGUCUGAAGGGCGAUAUGACUAUGAAAGAGUUCCAAGAGAACGCCUCCCUCCAAGGAUUCAUCCUGAUGAUGAUUACCAUAGAGUAGUAAACAUUAUGCCCAAGAAACCACCACUGCUUGAAAGACCUGGGGAUGGGAAUUACGGUCGGUAUGAUGAUUACAGUCACACUGAGUACAGAGACUAUGAAGAGGGUCGUAGUUUUGCCCAUGACCGAAGAAGUGGCCCUCCACACCGAGGUGUACGUAAGGAUGACUCAGGAUACAGAUGGCCAAGGGAGGAUCAUUCUAUAAGUCGGCAGCCUGAAUACAGGGACAUCAGAGAUGGCUUCAGAAGAAAAAGCUUCUAUCCUUCUCAUUAUAUGAGAGAGCGAUCCCCUCAUAAGAGGGACUCUCCUUUCUUCAGGGAAUCGCCAGGGAGCCGAAGGGAUUCUCCGCACAGCAGAUCUGGCUCUAGUGUCAGCAGCAGGAGCUACUCUCCUGAAAGAAGCAAAGCCUAUCCUUUCCACCAGUCCCAGCAUAGCAGAAGUAUGUCAUCUUUACAUAAAAGAAAUAUUUCUUCUCAGCAAGGUAAUGCUGGAUUGAUGAUGAGAACAGGUAAAGAGAGGACGUCAGUUCAAUCACUGAAAACAUCAAGAGAUGCAUCACCUUCAGGCUCCACAGCAGUACCCUCAUCAAAGGCCUUGGAUAAGAGCAACAGACUGUCGGAAAAGGAACUUGCAGAAGCAGCAAGCAAGUGGGCCGCUGAAAAGUCAGAAAAGGCUGAUGAAAGCAAUUUACCUGAAAUAACAGAAUAUGAUGCUGGCUCCUCAGCUGCAUUAUACACUGAACAAACAGAGGAAACAGAAACAAAUAUAAUGGAUAGUACAGAAUUGUAUGAGGAUGGCCAGCUUCUUGGCCGCUCGAAAGCAAUUGCAACUAAGACGAAGGAGAUUGAACAGUGUGGUUCCUUACAUGCGCCUGCUGCCACAAGUGAGUACCCACGCUGUAUUGUGUAUUGAGCCACUGCUGUCUCUGAACGUUCAGUAUCUUGAAAGCACUGCCUUAGACACUCAAAGUUACUCAGUCAUCAGACAGAAAUCUAUAGAAAGCUAUAGUCUUUGGUGGUAUUUGCGUAGUAACUGUUUACUUUUGUCAUAGGGAAGAUAAGACUUUUAAAAAUAUUUCUGUUUAAUUUCUGUCUAAAGUUGCCAUGACCAGAACUCUCUUCUUUAAGAUACCUCACCAUCUUCUAACUUCAGUAGCCUUGGUUCUACAUAUUUUGGAGAAUUUACUCAUUUGGGAGCACUAGUGCAUCACUAGACACCCUCAUAACAGCUUCUUCCAGCUGGCCUGGAUUCAAACUUGGAUCUAGUUGUGAACCAAGCUGGUACCCAGCUGCUCUAGCCCCUAAAGUUCUUGAGUAGAUCUUGAGAGGAAAGGGCAGUCACAAUAACCGGUACUUUUGGUAGUGAGAGAUCUCAGUUUUGUAAACUACAUGGUCCCUUUUAAUUCAAACUUUAGGAAAAUGAAGAACAAAAGAUUUCUGAACGUUUUAUGUAUUUAUUGCCUGUCAGCUAAUGUGAUGAAGAACUGGAAGCGUGCAAUUAUAGAGAAAUGUUCCCACACCAAGGCACAACUCACUGUGAAGUAAAGCUGAAUGCCCUUUUGAAUGUCUGUUACCUGCCACUGAAUGGGAAAGUUGCAACAAAGACUCUGUCACGGUUUGAAAUAUGUCUCUCUUUUUCAUUUGGGGGGACCUGUGAGCUGGAUGCAGCUUCCUUGACACCUGUAAUUAGAUGACUUCUACUGGUGGGGCAGUCUCGCCCAUAGCUGUCCCAGCAAGGGGAUGGAGACUGUACCUUCACCAGCUCUUGGCAAUGACUGGUGGACCCCUUCACCCCCAACAAAAGUUCAGCUUUUUUCACACAGUUGAAAGGAGAGAAACUGGUGUAGGAAGGCAUGUGAAUGUCAAGGUAGGAAUUUUCCUGUCAAAGUUCCUUCUCUGUGGACAGAGGUGGACCAUGCCAGAGAGGAGAUAGGAGGAGAACUGGAUGCAGGAGAGCAUCCAGAAGGCAGGGUAAAAGGAUGCAAGAGUUUCUGAGGAAGAGGUGGAGUGGAACUAUGUCUAGCUGAGGAAUGAGGUGACCUCUGAAUUAGAGGGUGGAGGAAAUCUGGAAGAGAUGAAAGGAUUUGUGGUGACAGGAGAGGUAGGGUUGGGAAUUGGGAGUGUGAGAAGCAGUGAAUGAGGGUGGGACUUGCGGUUGAAAAAAAAAUAAUAAAUUUCUGCCAAGAUCAGGAACUGCAGCCAAGAGGGUGGGGAAAAGAAUGAGAUGGGGAACAAGAGGAACAUGGGUGGAGAUGGGAAUUAAUUCCACAGAAGCUCUAAAGCCCAUGGGCAAAUGCAGUGGAGUUUCUCCCUGGCUGGAGGGUGGAGACGCUACAUCAUGCAAGAAAACUCGUUGCUAUUUCUGGUGCCAGAAAGAAGUGGGGAGCAGUCAGGUGCUUCCAGCUUGGUGUCUUCCCCUCUGGAUGCCCUCGAGGUAUCUGCAGGAAGCUACAAUCAUAAGGCAGGAAAUGCAGCGUUCCUGCAUCAAGUAUCUGAAAUUGCUUACUGAAGAAUUUGAUAAACAUAGUCACUGAUGAUCCUUCUGUUGUCUGCGUGGUUCAGUUUACUGUAUUUCUCAUCAACUACAAAUAAAGAUGAUAUUUUUACAUUAAGAAAUUAUUCGUGAGUUUUUAUUGAAAUUAUUAACCUGUUUACCCAAGUGUAGGUCUAGCCAUAACUCAGAAAUGCUCUGAUUAAUUUUUUGAAUACUUUUCAUAGUUUUUCUCAAAUUUACUGUUAGGCAUAACUACAGCUUACUGUACAAUUUUCCUUUUUCUUAUGUUGCUGUUGAAGGAUGUUUUCUUGCAACUAUGUUUUUGCUAAAAUCAGAAGCAAAGAUAAACUCUAAGAUUCUGUUUCCUAUUUCACUGAGGUCAGUUAAUACUUUUUUUUCCCUUUGAUUUUCUAGUAACAGGAUGCCUAAAUGUUUAACUCGGAGCUCUGGAAAGCUCUCUGACUCACCCUUGAUUUGUUUUAGGCUAUUGGUUUCUUGAGACCAUGUAUAAGUAACUGGUGCUUUUAAUAACUAAGUGAAAUGUUUCAUAAUACAUACAGCAAAAUUACUGGUCUUGUUAUUCUUGCAAUCUCUUUUGGUUUGGGAAUUACAUCUGUAUUCCAAAUGUGACAAUUCUCACCUGUACACUAGUAAAUAUACAGUGAAAUGGUUGUAGUAUUAAAUCAUUACCAUACCUCAUCCAGAUGUGAUUUAUCUAAAAUUGUGAAUUUCUAUGUGAUUUGAUAAGACAGACUUUUAAAAAAAUCACUUAAAUACAGU